GAUUCGUUCACCAACUACUUGUUCCGAGUCCACAUUUUUUCUGAUCCGGAACAAAAACUUUUACGAUCUUGCUUUUUCGACGGUGUUAGGACCACAAUCAAAUUAUAGGGCCAUAAGAAGCCAUUGGCACUGCAGGUCGGAUAGCAUCAUCUCCAUUGCGAUCAUUCUCUCUUCUUACUCUCAAACAAUCUCACCAAAAUUCUCAUAGCUUACGCAUGUAUAUUAAUAUAUUUUUAUUUAUUCACAACCUACAUUAAUAUUACUCCAGAGGAAACAAGUGCAAAAUUCUUCAGAAAACCCGAAUUUGCGAGGCUCCUGCUAUGGAUGCCUCUAAGGUAAGGGUGCGAGCCGAAGCUCUGGACAUGUCAGAAGAUAGGCCAGGAAAGUUGAAGAGAAGAAAGGUUGGCAGUGGAGAAUUGGCCAUGUCUUCGUCUUUGACACAUGAGCUUAAUAAUAUUCGUAAAAAUUCAACAGCUUCUGAUUCACUAGGAGAUGGAAUAGCAGCUAAUAAUGAGAGCCUGUAUCCGAAUUUCGGUUCUCAUGGAGGCGCGUCUUGUUGCUCAAGCAACGGAUCAGAUAAGGCCUCAUUUGACACGUUCGAUUCCACAGAUAUGGUGGAGAGGGGGGGAACUGAAGCAUCAUCAAGCACCAAGUACAACAGCAGCGAAAGAGGAGAGGAGACAACGUUGAAGCUGAAAGCCAGGGAAACACCACUCCAACGAGAAUCAACGUUUAAGACCAGUUUUCAGCGUCUAGUGACAACGGAGAAAUUCAUGCCGUCGGAAGCACAACUUGAAGAAUUCUUUGCAGUUGCUGAGAGAGGUCUUCGCAACCAAUUUGCAGACAAGUAUAACUACGACAUUUCCAAGGAUGAGCCGAUGGUUGGCCGAUACGAGUGGCUUCUGCUAAAGCCAUGAACGUAUAUAUCACGAUACUAUUUGAGAUUUUGCAGGUAUUGUAUGUAAGUCGCCACAUUGAAUAAUUUACAUGAAGUUAUCAUUGAAUAAUUUAUUUAUCUUUAUGUUGAAAAUGGGUAGUUCAAU